CUAACUGCAGAAGGUCUCUUAGCACCAGUGGAGGAUUUUACAAUCAUGAUAAGCUUUCACACCAUGGCAGCAUGCAGUUACCAGAAUGUGAAUACCUCCAACUAGUUAUUUGGUAUUAAGAAAAGUUUCUUUUUUUUUCUCUCUCUCUUUUUUUAAAGGGUAUUUCCAUAAAAAUAAAAGGGAGGAGAAAGUACAGGAGCAUAGGAAAGUGCUAGCAGGCUUCUUCUCCAAGAGCACGGCAAGUUUAUCGCCGGUGUUUCCAACCCUUUUAUUUCCAUCGCCUACCGUUCCCUUGAGGACAUAAUUCUAUGCAACAGUGCGAACAAGUAAGAAGGGAUGAAAAGCCAGUUCUCUUCCACCUAUGAGGAUGACUAUGAGUCGUUGAUGCUGGUAUACUGUUGGUGGAGAUCAGCCGUGACGUUUGGUGAAGCUGCAAAGUUCAAAGUUGAGCUCCCCAACGUCUCAACCCUCACACCCACACUCAAAUUACUUAGGGAGUUGGAGAGGUUGGCCUUAAUGGCCAGGGAAGGGCUCAGUGAGCUUAGACAGAAGCUUGUUUCGUAUCGCUCUGGUGAUUUCUGGGUGCCCACUGGUGGGAUGAAGAGGGAAGAUAUGGAUAUUCCGCCUGUUAUCACAAUUCUCUUGGUGGGUUUCUCUGGUUCCGGCAAGAGCUCGCUUGUCAACCUUAUGUACAGUGUUUUAGGCCGCUCUGGACUCAUCCCCUUUGCAACAACUUCAUCUGAGAACUCUGCCAAAUGCACCACAAAGUUCAUGGAAGAGCACAAUGUUUUGAGGUCAAUGCAAAGUGGGUUCUGCGUGUAUGAUUCAAGGGGUUUGGAUUAUGAUUUGAUGGGAGAGUCUAUUGAAGAAGUGUCUGAGUGGAUGACUAACGGAGUCCACCAUAACCAGCUCUGCUUGAGAACAGGGGACAAUCUGAUGUCUGAAGAAGAAUUAUCAGAGGUUCCGGGAUCGUCUUCAAAGUUCACGCCGAGGAAAGUGAACUGUGCCAUGGUAGUUGUCAACAUUGCAGAGAUCUUUAAGUCUUUGAAAAAGGGUGAUUGGAAGCCAUUAGAGGCCACAAGAGAGCUGUUCCGCUGUCCAGCCUUGAAGAAGUGCAAUGAGAAUCCUAUCUUGAUCAUGACACACGGGGACCUGUUAUCCACGGAGGAGAGGAUCAAAAUCAGGCUCACACUCUGUGAAUUUCUUGGGAUAUCAGAGACCACUGGAGUGUACGACAUUGUGUGCCUCACAGAGUAUGGAUUUCUAGCCGAUGAAUCUGAUCCUGUCACAUCCUACGCAUUGUCUGAAGCUGUUUACAGGGCAUUGCUCAUCUCAGACAGAGGCCACAUCCCAAAGAGAAGCAUCCUGGACUGGACGCUCCUCGCAUUGGCAUUGCUCAUGUGCUAUCUGGCUGCUUUCUUCGAAUUUCUGGCCGAGUUUUUCUCCAAACUUGGCCAGAAAAAGAAAAAACUCUAAAAUCUCUUCAACCUUGACCUUGAGGAAGCAUUUGGGCUACAUAUAUAUAUAUAGUCUCUGUAUUGGAAGUAAACUAAUGUAUUCUUUUCCUCAAGUGUUUAAAAAUGAUUAAUGAGCCAAAUAAUGUAGCCGUUGGGCUGUAAUCUGAGAUGUGUAUCCUCAUUUGAACGAAGAUGGGGAAGCUUAUCCUGUAACUAUAUAUGUAUAUUAGUUGUAAACGUGCUUAUGUUAAUGAAAAUUUGAUCAAUUUAAUGUAAAUUAAAUUAGUUUCA